AAAGAUGUGAGUUCAAAGUUCUGGGCGACAUACAAGAAAGUUUCGAAUGAGUACGACGACGACUUCCUCGGGCGCGCGAAUGACGAUAUGGGUAUUAUCCUGACUUUCGCUGGCCUAUUUUCAGCCGUCAACUCUACGUUUAUCGUCGGAAUGCAGCCUGAUCCGGGCGAAACUACCAAUGCCCUCCUCGUCCAGCUAAUCCAAAUAACUGUUAACGGCCCCAAUUCUGCACCUGACAUCAGCGAUCUUUCCUCAUCUACACAAUAUUCCUCUUCGAAUGUCUGGGUGCAAACGCUCGCAUAUGCUAGCCUCGCGUUCAGUGUCUUGGCAGCUUUCGGGGCUGUCAUGGGAAAGCAAUGG